ACAUCUUACAAACAGCCACAGUAAAGUUUGGAGCCAGCCUAAAUUUGGAUGAAGGGGGAAGACUGCUGAGGGAUGCUGAAUAGUGGCUAAUAGAGAAGAGGAGAGAUUCAGCUUCCCCUUAUCCCUGUCACCAUCUCUGUAUACCAUCUUUUUAAAAUACAUAUAAUGAAGAGUGAUUAACAGGGAAGUUAAAUGUUUGUGAAUGUUAGAGUGGAUCUAGAGUAGAAAUUUUUUUACUUUUAAGAAAUCUUAAAGGAGAACACUAGGUUAAAGUGUGAGUAAAUGAUAGGAAAGAUUGAGAGCUAGAAGCAGGACAUUGAAUAAAAUAUUUUAAUUAGAAAAGAUUAAACACUUGUAAGGAAAAUACAGUUAUUAGAGAAAUGUAUAUUAGAAAGGAGUCAAUGUUUUACAAUAUGUAAAUUGUUAGAACUCAACAAAAGUAGCUUGAAUCUUAGCUUCUUAGAGUGUAGAGACCUCUUUAAGAUCUGUGUGGUUUUUGUCCUCACCUUUCAUCUUCCAGAUAGCAGAUGAAAUGCACUUGAAAUUCAAAUGAUUGGGAAUUUGAAUUCCCAAGGAGGAAAGAGCAAGUACCUGGCUGAUUAAGCACAAACUGCUGCCUGACCUUAGAAAUUGUGACAGACUUCCUGCCAGGCAUACUUUAAGUUCAGCCAAAACCCAGACAACUAGAAGAGCAUUCACAGCUCUGAUGGAGGGCAAAAUCAAUAAGCAGCUGAAGAAAGUUCUGAAGAAAAUAGUUAAAGAAGCCCAUGAACCCCUGGCUGUAGCUGAUGCUAAACUAGGAGGCGUCAUAAAGGAAAAGCUGAAUCUCAGUUGUAUCCAUAGUCCUCUUGUUAACGAACUUAUGAGGGGAAUCCGUUCACAGAUGGAUGGAUUAAUCCCUGGGGUAGAACCACGUGAAAUGGCAGCCAUGUGUCUUGGGUUGGCACACAGCUUGUCCCGAUACAGAUUGAAAUUUAGUGCUGAUAAAGUGGAUACAAUGAUUGUUCAGGCAAUUUCCCUGUUAGAUGACUUAGAUAAAGAACUAAACAACUACAUUAUGCGGUGUAGAGAAUGGUAUGGCUGGCAUUUCCCUGAAUUAGGAAAAAUUAUUUCGGAUAAUUUGACAUACUGCAAGUGUUUACAGAAAGUUGGCGAUAGGAAGAAUUAUGCCUCGGCCACACUUUCUGAAUUAUUGCCAGAAGAGGUUGAAGCAGAAGUGAAAGCAGCUGCAGAGAUAUCUAUGGGAACAGAGGUUUCAGAAGAAGAUAUUUGCAACAUUCUGCAUCUCUGCACUCAGGUGAUUGAAAUCUCCGAAUAUAGAACCCAGCUCUAUGAAUAUCUGCAAAAUAGAAUGAUGGCCAUUGCACCCAACGUUACAGUCAUGGUUGGUGAAUUAGUUGGAGCACGGCUUAUUGCUCAUGCAGGUUCUCUUUUGAAUUUGGCCAAACAUGCAGCUUCUACAGUUCAGAUUCUUGGAGCAGAAAAGGCACUCUUCAGAGCCCUCAAGUCUAGACGAGAUACCCCUAAGUAUGGUCUCAUUUAUCAUGCUUCACUUGUAGGCCAGACAAGUCCCAAACACAAAGGAAAGAUUUCUCGGAUGCUGGCAGCCAAAACUGCUUUGGCCAUCCGGUAUGAUGCUUUUGGUGAAGAUUCCAGUUCUGCGAUGGGAGUUGAGAACAGAGCCAAAUUAGAGGCCAGGUUGAGAACCUUGGAAGAUAGAGGGAUACGGAAAAUAAGUGGAACAGGAAAGGCAUUAGCAAAAGCAGAAAAGUAUGAACAUAAAAGUGAAGUGAAGACUUACGAUCCUUCUGGUGACUCAACACUGCCAACCUAUUCUAAAAAGCGCAAGAUUGAACAGGUAGACAAAGAGGAUGAAGUGGUUGAAAAGAAGGCCAAAAAAGCCAAGGUUAAAAUUAAAGUUGAAGAAGAGGAGGAAGUAGUAGAAGUAGAAGAAGAUGUAGUAGAAGUGGUGGAAGAACAGGAGACAUCUGUGAAGAAAAAGAAGAAAAAGGACAAAAAGAAACACAUUAAAGAAGAACCGCUUUCUGAAGAAGAACCAUGCACCAGCACAGCAAUUGCUAGUCCAGAGAAAAAGAAGAAAAAGAAAAAAAAAAGAGUUAAUGAGGACUAAUGGAAGGAACCAUUCUUUCAAAGAUUUCUUAAUUGAAUCACCUGGAUACAUCAUGUUUAAGAUUCAGUCAGAAAUACACCAGAGAUGCUCUCUAAAAUAAUCAAUGGGAGGUUGGAUGAAACAAAAUGAUUAAUCAUCAAUAGCAUUUCAUACCUAUUUGUGUCUCAACAUCACAUCAACUGUGUUAAUUUUAUUAUAUCAUUAUUUCUUAGAAUAUUUGUUAUACAAAUAAAAAUAUUUUCUUUGUAUUUUAAGGCA